AUGACGUCGAGAACAAAAUGUUUUUUCGACAUAAAAAUUGAUGGUACCGAAGUUGGUCGAAUGACGUUCGAGUUAUACAAUGAUAUAUGUCCACGUACAUGUGAAAAUUUUCGAUGUUUAUGUACAGGAGAAAAAGGUCGUAGCUCCACACUGUGUAAAAAGUUGUAUUAUAAAGGAUGCUUGUUUCAUCGUAUUGUGAAGAAUUCGAUGAUCCAAUCAGGCGAUUUUAGUGAAGGCAACGGCACCGGCGGUGAAUCGAUAUAUGGAGGUUCAUUUGAUGAUGAAAGUUUUAAAUUGAAACAUGAUCGACCUUAUCUUCUAUCAAUGGCAAAUCGAGGUCCAAACACAAAUGGAUCACAGUUUUUCAUAACGACAGCUGAAGCAUCUCAUCUUGAUGGCAAACAUGUUAUCUUUGGUCAUGUUGUUUCUGGUGCAUCAGUUGUUGCCGCUAUUGAGAGUCUUCCCACUGAUCCAAAUACCAAUCGUCCAUUAAAAGAUGUUGUUAUAUCUCAUUGUGGUCAAUUACAAGUUGUUAUAUCUCACCAUGGUCAAGUAGAAGUUGUAAAAAAAAAUGCUAAGUCGAAAAAACGUAAAAUUUCAACUGGUGACGAAAGUGAUAAUGAAAAUCAAGAAGAAAACGAUGAUGAUGACGAUGAUGAUGAAAGUAGUUCAAUAUCAGAUAACGAUGUCAAGAAGAAAAAAUCCAAACAUAAUAAAAAAAACAAAAAAAAAGAAAAGCAUCGACGAAAAAGAGAAUCAAAACGUUUAGCAACAAAAACAAGCGAAAAUAAAAAUGAUGAUAUGGAUAAUAAUGUCAAUGAUAUAUCUAAACGAGAUACUGUUGGCGAUGCAGAUGAAAUAUCCGAGAAAAAAUCUUCUCUACGUUCUGGAAUAAAUGAUAAAGACAAAACGAGCAAUGAUGAAACAAGCGAAAGAUUAUCUCGAACAAAUAAUUAUCGUUCAGCAAAAAAAGUCGACUCAAAUGGCCGACCAGUGAAAGGCCGUGGUAUUAUGAGAUAUACUGGUAAAAGUCGUUCAAGAUCGCGUACUCCACCACAUUGGCGUUCCGCAGCUGAAGAACGUAAACGUUUUGUUGAGAUGAAUGAAUCACGCGAGCAAACGAAUUCAAAUGAAAAUACAGAUACAAUAACACAAACAUCGGAACAAUCUAAUACACGUGAAAGCUCCAAACGGACUCGUUCUUUUUUGAAAAAUGGUGAUGCGGGCGAUGAUCAAGAAAACACCACAACUAAUAAUGAGGAGCAAUCAACAAAGGAGCCAACCAAACGUUCACGUCGUCAUGAGAAGCGACGUGAAAAUGUCGACGAUGACAGUGAAGAGCAAGUUCAACAAUCACAACCAUCCAUACAUAGUAGUGUUGUUCGAGCUGAACCUAAAGAACGUGAGCAACGACAUUCAUCACCAUCAACACGACAACGACGUGAACAUCGUAAUGAAUCAAAACAUCAUCGUUCAACGAAUAAUAAACAUGAUGAAAGUGAUAAACACACUCAACAUAAUGCUUCACCCUUACGUUCGAAACAUGAUCAUGAUGAAUCUCAUACGAAUCGUCGCCAUCGUUCUCAGACACCACCACCACUAUCAUCAUCACGUAAUCGAUCACCAGCAAAUGAUAGUAAAAAUGAAUUCAUUGAAGAUUCUUCUACAGUAUUAUCGUCGAAAAAUGAUCAACAAGAUGACAUCGCAUAUAUUGCACCAACAUCACACUCUAGUUCACCGCCUCUUCAAUCUUCGUCCGGAAAACGACGUAAUCGUUGGGAUAAGGAAGGUGAAUUAAAUGAACGACAAAUCGCAACAGAACAAGAUCAUUUUGAAGAUGAACUGCGUAUGAUUGCACAAACAAGUACAGCAUCAAAUGAAUCAACAACUAAAUCGAAUGCCAUUCCACAACAAUCAACUGAAUCAAUAGUAACACAAACAAAAUCAAAUAUCAGUAAAUCGAAAUGGGACGACGACGAUUAUGAUGAUGAUGAAGCAACCACUGAUUCAAUCAAACAAAAUCAAAUUCAAUCAGAAUCUGUACCAAAAGAGAAAACACCUAGUCCAAGAGUAACUCAAUCCAUCGAAACUACAUCAAAUAUUGAAAAAUUUGAUGAAAAUCAAUCAUCGUUACCGGCAACAAUCGAUAAAACAACUUCACAAACUGAACAAUCAUCAUCAAGUCAUAAUCGAAAAGAGAAAGAUUCUUCUACUCGAGAACAUCGAAACCGAAAAGCAUCUACUCCUGAACGUGAUCGUGAUCGAGAUCGUGACCGUCGUCGUCGUACAUCUAGUCGUGAACGACGCCAAAAUUAUUCAUCAUCACAAAGUCGAUAUCGUGGUUAUGGUGAAAGAGAUGAUUAUUAUCGUCGACGAAAUUAUGAUGAUCGAUAUAAUCCUAGUCAUCGUCGACGAUAUUCACCACCAGUAUCAUCUCGAAAUCGAUAUUAUGAUCAUGUUGAUAGAUAUAGAGGUCGUGACCGAGAUCGUGAUUUUCAUGAUAGAGACCGCCGACGAAAUGAUGAUCGCGAUCGCGAUCGUCAUCACUCGUCUCGUGAUAAAAAUACUCGUCCAUCUGAUUUGAAAUCAUCUACGCGUCAAAAAGAUCGUAAAAAAGCGUCAAGUUCAUCAUCGGGUUCUACUACUUCGUCGGGUUCAUCGUCACGAUCAUCGUCAUCAUCAUCAACUUCUUCUUCGGGUUCCUCGUCCUCAUCGUCCUCAUCAGGUUCAUCAUCUAGUAGUUCAAACAAAUCAGCAUCAGCAUCGAAUGGACAAGAACGUAAUCAAACUCCACCAACACGAAAACGCUUACCUACACCACCAAAUCCAGACGAUGAACAUAUUUUUGUACCUUUAAAAGCUGUUAAACCUCGCGAAGCACCCGAACGAAAGCAGAUUAAAAUUGAAUUAGCAAAAUCUGUACCAUUGCCACCUUCAACUUCACCCACUCGAUCACCACCACCACCUCCUCCACCACUCUAUGAUCCUGAAGACGAUGAAGGAUCAUCAAAUACAGCAACACAUUUACACGAUCGUAUUGGUGAACAUGAAGAUAUGGAACUCGAUGAUCUUGAUGAUCCACAGCCAACUUCAACAGAUGAAUUAACUACAUCAACAACUUAUGCUGAAGAACAAACAGUGCAAACAACGAUAACUGCAGCAAUUCCACCGCCACCACCUGCACCAUCAAUUUCAUCACUUUACGAUGGUGCUGACGAAGACGAUUCAAUCAUUCCAACAGAAUGUUAUCAAGAACAAAGUAAUGAUGCUAAUAUAAUGCCACCAACAGCAACUUCAACAAGUGAAAUUAUCGUCGAAAAAAAAUCAUCGAAACAUCGACCAGCAUCUCGUUCGUCUAGUUCAAGUUCAUCCUCGGGUAGUGAUAGUGGUAGUUCAACAUCAUCGUCAUCCUCAUCUUCCUCAUCGUCACAUUCAUCAUCAUCUAAACCCCAUAAGAAAAGAGAAUCAUCGUCACAUCAUCAUCGAAAUGAUAACCAUAGUUCAAAUUCCAAAUAUAAAUCACGACGUCGUUAA